AUGAUUCUUAAGUCGUGCGUAGUGUUAUGCUGCGUGCUAGUUUGCGUGCUAGGAGAUGAAAAGUAUACGGACAAAUAUGACAACAUCAACUUGCAAGAGAUUUUAGAUAACAAGAGACUCUUACAAGCUUAUGCCAACUGUAUCCUUGAUAAAGGAAAAUGCAGUCCUGAAGGCAAAGAAUUGAAGGAACAUAUCCAAGACGCUUUGGAGACCGGCUGCGAAAAAUGUACCGACAAACAAAUGGAAGGAACCACUACAAUGAUCGACCACUUGGUUAAACAUGAACGAGCUAUCUGGAAAGAGUUGACGGACAAGUUUGACCCUAAAGGAGUCUGGAGGAAGAAGUACGAGGACCGCGCGAGAGAAAAGGGUAUUGUCAUCCCAGAAGAUUAA